GAUACAAUAACGGCAGCUGAGGCUUAAUCGAGGUUUGCAUGACCGAGGCGCUGUGAUUGCGUUGCGCUUCUUUGAAAAUGCUGUAAAUUAUAGCGUUUCGGGUGAGGGCGGGCCGUGGGUGAGCAAUGGGCGAGAUUGAGGGCUCCUACCGGGUCCUGCAGACCCCUGGGACCCGCCUGGGCGCCCAGUUCAACGCCGGGAUCAGCACACUGGAGCCGGGCCUGAGCCCCAACGCCACCGGGGUCAAAGGUCAGGACAAGGGCCUGCAGGUCCGAGUGCAAGGGCUGGAUGACUCUCAGGACGUAUACGACUUGGAGUCCAAGGCAGAUGGUCAGGCUCUCUUGACCGAGGUUUUCCUGAGGUUCAAUCUCAUUGAGAGCGACUACUUUGGCCUGGAGUUUCAGAACACGCAGGCAAACUGGAUGUGGCUGGAGCCCGCGAAGCUCAUAGUGAAACAAGUCAGGAGGCCCAGGAACGCUCUCUUCAGGCUGUCGGUGAAGUUCUUUCCCCCCGACCCUGGCCAGCUGCAGGAGGAGUACACAAGGUACCUGUUUGCCCUGCAGAUAAAGAGAAACCUCACGGAGGGUCGGCUGGCCUGCACUGAGAACACUGCUGCACUGCUGGCCUCUCACCUGGUGCAGUCGGAGAUCGGCGACUACGACGAGAUGGCAGACCGCGAGUUCCUGAAGGCGAACAAGCUGCUGCCCAAUCAGGAGAAGGUUCAGGAGAAGAUCAUGGAGCUCCACCGGCGCCACCUGGGCCAGACUCCGGCGGAGUCGGACUUCCAGGUCCUGGAGAUCGCUCGCAAGCUGGAGAUGUACGGGGUCCGCUUCCACCCCGCCGCCGACCGCGAGGGAACCAAGAUCAACCUGACUGUGGCUCACCUGGGCCUGCAGGUCUUCCAGGGCAACACAAAGAUAAACACCUUCAACUGGUCCAAGAUUCGCAAGCUGAGCUUCAAGAGGAAGAGGUUUCUGGUCAAGCUCCACCCUGAGGUUCAUGGCCCCCACCAGGACACGCUGGAGUUCCUGAUGGCCAGCCGGGACCAGUGCAAGGUCUUUUGGAAGAACUGCGUGGAGCACCACACCUUCUUCCGCCUGCUGGACCAGCCCAAGCCCAAGGCCAAAGCCAUCCUCUUCAGCAGAGGCUCCUCCUUCAGAUACAGUGGGAGGACGCAGAAGCAGCUGGUGGAGUACGUGAGGGACAGCGGAAUUCGGAGGACCCCCUACCAGAGGAGGAACAGCAAAAUGCACACGUCCUCUCGCUCCCUGUCCUCCGACGUGCCAAAGCAGAGCCUGUCCUUCAACGACAGCCUGAGGGCCCCGCCCUCCUCAGCCACGGUGUCCUUCCACUCCCUGCACGCCGUCGGCUCACCCCCACGAACGGAGCCCCAGGCCCCGCCCCACCCGCAGCAGACGGCUCCGCCCCCGAGCCCCCCAAGGGAGGACCCGGUCAAGACGCCACCCCCACCUCUGUACACCUUUCAAGGGCCGCCCGUGGACAGCCCCCAGCUCUCGCCCUACGCGGUGACCAGCCCCCUCUGCCUCUCGCCCUCCUUCCAGAUGUCCACCCUCAGCCUCCCGGGCCAGGCCCCCUCGCCCCUGCAGAGCCCCAUCCUGAGCGAGGCAGGCGGGGUCCGGCUGGACGAGGAGGAAGAUGGCAGGAGGAAGCGCUAUCCAACUGACAAGGCCUACUUCAUAGCCAAAGAGAUCCUGACCACAGAGAGGACUUAUGUGAAGGACCUGGAGGUUAUUACAGUGUGGUUCCGCAGCGCCGUCAUCAAAGAGAACGCCAUGCCGGAAGGCCUGAUGACCCUGCUCUUCUCCAACAUCGACCCCGUCUACGAGUUCCACCGGGGCUUCCUCAAGGAGAUCGACCAGAGGCUGGCUCUCUGGGAGGGGCGCUCCAACGCCCACGUCAAGGGGGACUACCAGAGGAUCGGGGACGUGAUGCUGAGGAACAUGUGCGCUCUGAAGGAGUUCACCAGCUACCUGCAGAAGCAUAACGAGGUGCUGGCGGAGCUGGAGAAGUCCACCAAGCGGCUGAAGAAGCUGGAGACGGUGUACAAGGAGUUUGAGCUGCAGAAGGUGUGCUACCUGCCCCUCAACACCUUCCUGCUCAAGCCCAUCCAGCGCCUCAUGCACUACAAGCUCAUCCUGGAGCGGCUGUGCAAGCACUACAGCCCCGAGCACCGCGACCGCCUCGACUGCACGGAGGCCCUGAAGGAGGUGGCGGAGAUGGCCGCCCAGUUGCAGAGCAGCCUGAUCCGGCUGGAGAACUUCCAGAAGCUCACCGAGCUGCAGAGGGAUCUGAUCGGCAUCGAGAACCUCACGGCCCCGGGCAGGGAGUUUAUCCGGGAGGGCUGUCUGUACAAGCUCACUAAGAAAGGACUUCAGCAGAGGAUGUUCUUCUUGUUCUCGGACAUGCUCCUGUACACCAGCAAGGGCGUGACGGCCACGAACCAGUUCAAAGUGCACGGCCAGCUGCCGCUGCACGGCAUGCUCAUUGAGGAGAGUGAGAACGAGUGGUCCGUGCCCCACUGCUUCACCAUCUACUCUGCACAGAGAACCAUUGUGGUGGCUGCCAGUUCCAAAGUGGAGAUGGGGAAGUGGAUGGAGGAUUUGAACAUGGCCAUCGACAUGGCCAAGAAGUCCCAGGAGAAAUCCGAGCUCUUCCUGGACCCCGACCUGUGCGACCGUUCCAACAGGUCGUCAGACGAGGUCUCCCUGGAGCAGGAGUCGGAGGACGACACGCACUCUUCCCGCAGCUCCCUGGACAAACAGACGCACCACCGCGCCAACACCACCAUGCACGUGUGCUGGCACCGCAACACCAGCGUGUCAAUGUCCGACCACAGCCUGGCCGUGGAGAACCAACUCUCUGGGUACCUCCUGAGGAAGUUCAAGAACAGCAAUGGGUGGCAGAAGCUGUGGGUCGUCUUCACCAACUUCUGCCUUUUCUUCUACAAGACCCACCAGGAUGACUUCCCAUUGGCCAGUUUGCCGUUGCUAGGCUACACAGUCGGCACACCGGGGGAGUCAGACAGCAUCCACAAAGAGUACGUCUUCAAGUUGCAGUUCAAGUCCCACGUGUAUUACUUCCGGGCCGAGAGCGAGUACACCUUCGAGAGGUGGAUGGAGGUGAUCAAGAGCGCAGCCAGUGCCACGGGCAGGAUGAGUCUCCUUGUCCCCAAGGAACCCCCGGAAAUGAACGGCAACUGACCGCCUUCGCUGGGCGGAGCUCUCGGGGCUGGGGGCGGGGCCUCGCAGACCCCCGGGAGCGCAUGAGCAUCUUUAUUUUUAAAAAUAUCUCUUUAUUGCUAUUUGUAUUCCUCUGAGGAACUGCCCCCCCCCCCCCCCCCCCCGCUCCU